AUGUUCCUAUUUGACCACUUCAGUAUUUGUUUUCUUUUUUCUUUAAACCCUUUACUUUGCUGUAACAUUUUGGUUUCACUCAUUUUACAUGUUUGUACAUGUGCUGAUAUUCAGCUUAUACGUGUUAAUUCUCCACCGCUAUCUCCGUUUAUCUCCAAUCCAGAGAAUCACCGCCUCGAUCUACAAGCAUCCGAUCGAUCUUCACAACCUAGGCGCACCUUCACAUCUUCUCUACCUCCAUCGGCAGCUUUCAACGAUGUUUCGAUUAACGUCUUUGUUCUCUUUUGCCCUUCUCAGGAAGAUUGUCGACUUUCUUUGCAGGUGACUGCUCAACCAUAUUCUUCUCUUUUUCUAUAUUUUAGAUAUACAUUCCCACCGCUUCUUUUUUCUUCUACAUCCUUUCAAUGUUCUUCCUCUGGGUUUACAGCUUUACCUCCAUUAUUCCUCUCCUCUCGAUCCUUUCUCACUAUCAUUGCGACCACCGCCCGAUGGUCUCUCCUCCACCAUUUACCCAAGAUGGUCACAGUGGACAUCACCGCCGCCCUACGCAUCGUCUACCACCUGCAAACCCUAGAAAUUUUGGGCCCCCUGAAGACGUGGGCCCUGGGCGGUCGCCCGGGUUGCCCACCGUCUGGACCGGCCCUGCACAUCAUCUACCUCCUGCAAAGGUUCAUAAUACCGGAUUCGCUAGAUCCAUAUGCCAACAUCGACAUCGGAAGACCACAACUUGCAACAGUAAUCAACUGUUCUUUUAUUAUUUCUGUGAAUGGGGUUGUCACUAAAAACCAAGAAGCUGAAGCCUUGAAGAAAAAGAAUGAUGCCAACAGGAAGUUGAUAUUCAACAGGGCCAAAAAAUACAGUGAGGAGUAUGAAGCUCAGCAAAAGGAAUUGAUUCAGCUGAAACGUAAGGCACAAUUGAAAGGUGAAUUUUAUGUGAGUUGUGAAGCCAAGAUGUUGUUCAUCAUUAGGAUUCGUGGGUAUGCAUUAUUGCAAACUGUAAAUGACUAA